CCCCGUGGAUGACGUCAGGAUGGUGACCACGCGCGCGCGCGCGCACACACGCACGAACGACGCAGUGAGAGUGCGAGUGAGCGCGUGCACGCGGGAUCAACACCGGUGAAGAUGGGAAACGUUCAACCCACGGUGGUUCCCUUUGAGGACUUUGAUGUGGUGGCAGAUAUUAAGGCAAUCCGAAAAGCCUGCAAAGGACUGGGCACCGAUGAGGAGACCAUCAUCUCCAUCUUAGCGAACCGCUCCUCCGCCCAGCGCAUGGAGAUCAAACAAGCGUAUUUUGAGAAAUACGAUGAUCAGCUGGAGGAGGUUCUGAAGAGCGAGCUGACGGGAAGUUUUGAGAAGGCCAUCAUCGCCAUGUUGGAUCCGCCCCACGUCUACACUGCUAAAGAACUGCGGCGUGCCAUGAAAGGAGCUGGAACCGACGAGGACGUUCUGGUGGAGAUCCUGUGCACCAGCACUAAUCAGGACAUCGUGUCUAUUAAGGAGGCGUACGCUCAGGUGCACGAGCGCGACCUGGAAGCUGACAUUGAGGACGACACGAGCGGAGACGUCAGAAACUUGUUGAUGUCACUCCUUCAGGCGAGCAGGGACGAGGGUUUCGACGUGGAUGAGGGACUGGCUGAAGAAGACGCAACAUCGCUGAUCGAGGCCGGAGAAGGACGCUUUGGGACGGACGAGUCCACUUUCACCUACAUUCUCACUCACAGGAACUACCUGCAGCUCCAGGCCACCUUCAAAUACUACGAAUCUAUGUCUGGGACGGAUAUCCUGGAUGCCAUCAGCUCUGAAGCCACAGGGACUUUAAAGGAGUGCUACAUAACUCUGGUCCGGUGCGCUAAAAACCCGCAGCUGUACUUCGCCCGUCGUCUGAAUGCCGCCAUGUCUGGUGCCGGGACAGACGAGGACACGCUCAUCCGCAUCAUAGUGGGACGAUCCGAGGUGGACCUGCAGACCAUUAAAGACAUGUAUCUGGAGAAGUUUGACGUGACGCUGAAGGACGCUUUGAGCUCGGACUGUGGUGGGGAUUUCAAGCGCCUCCUGCUGGCUGUGCUGAACUGAAACCCACCAGGAACCAACACUUUCCACCAUCACUGCCUCCUGGAACCACACACACACACACACACACACACACACACACACUGUGUUCCAGUACUGUUCUAACACACCCUCAUCCAUGUCCCCUUAAUUUUUUAACCUUCUAGUAAAAAACUAUUCUGUAAACAUUUGGAUGUUUAGGGAAAAAAAACCCUACGAGUAAAAUCUACAUACUUAUACAUAUUUGUAUUAAUUUAUCUAAAUAUUUUUUAACUCAUUCAUUAAUUUACUUUUUAUGUAUUUCUCACAUAGACUCACAUUCUCCGUAAAUUAUUAUUAUUAUAUAAUUUACUAUAAAAAAGGAAAUUUUUUAGAUUUUUGAAACUUUUUAGAAUUUCUAGAUUAAACAGUCACAUUUUUCUCACAUAUACACAUUUGUAGUACGUGACCACGAGCUCCAUUUUCUAUUUUAACACCAUUUUCUCAUCGCUAAUGUACUUUGAAAUUUCUUGCCUGGACACUAUUUAAAAACAGGAUAUUUGGGUUUGUGAGUCUGAAAUAGGGGGGAGGUGUUUGUGUUUAAAGAGGGGCGUGGUUAACGAGGGGCGUGGCUACGAACAGCAUAACAAUCACAGGAGUGCACAACAAUCAUUUACACUUUAUAUCACUUAUUCAAUUAUUAUAGCUUUUUCCUGCAUUUAUGAUAGAAUUAAAACUACAGAACCAUUAAAUAUUUACAGAAAUAUCCAGUUUUACAAAAAAAAAAAAAAAUUACGUAACUAAAACCAUUUUCUGGCAACCUAAAUUCAUUAAAACGAAAACACGGGGGGCGGAGCCUAAUCCAAUCAUUCGAAGAUAGUAAAUAUUAGAAAUGAAGUGUUUAUACACCAAAAGCAAGCCCUAAAUACUAUUUAUUCAUCAUUACUAACUGGAGAAAACAAAAAAAUGUGAUCUUUCAGGUUGCUUUCACAGGAAGUGUGUUUCAAGGUGUAACUCUGAAUAUAUACAUAUACAGUAUAUAUACACCAAAGCUAAUGAUCUCUCUCUCUCUCUCUCUCUUUUCUUCUGAUGGAAAUAAUAUAAAAGCUAAUGUUUAAAAUGUUUACCUGCAGAUGAUAAUGAUAUAUACUGUAUUUAUAUUAACGAGCGUACACUGGUGUGUGAUGAAGCUAAUGAGGGUGAAUAAACACUUUUUAUGUGUAUCAAUAAAUAAAUAACACGUAAAUAAA